GGGGCUCGGGGCGCGAUGCCCGCCUGGGGCUGAUGGGGGCAGCGGGAGCGUUGCCAUGAGCGGAGCCUGGGGGCUCUGCCGUCCCUUAAUACAUACUCUGCGCCGAACGUCUCCUGUCCCUCGCAGCACGCUGCCAGCUGGUACCUCCCUCCUUUCUGAAGCGUAACCGGGGAGGGGGUGGAAAGCAAAGGAAGUUUGGCAUUUAUUUUUUUCCUUUAGGCUUUGGAAGGGGAUUCCCUCUCCCUCUCUCCGCGGAGGGCUGUAGCACGGAGUGCGGAGGAGAGAGGGGCACAGCUGGAGGCGGGCUGUCCGGAGCCUCCCCCCCGCCCCCCGCCGCGGCGUACCUGGGGGUGCUGCAUGCAAGCGCUGCGGAGCUCCUCCAAGCGUAGCGGCGGCUCGGCAGAUGUAGAUGCGUGCGUGUGUGUAUGCUUAACCCUUUCUUGGCUCCUCGGAUUUGUACCAUGCUGAAAAUCCUCACCAAAAAGCUCAGGAACCAGAGUUUGAACGAAAUUCAACCUUUCCAGCUAAAGAUCUCCUACCCCCCAAGUGAUGAGGACAGUGACGACUCUGAGGGAGAGAACCAGGAACUUGCUCAGAUCGACAGAGAGAGAAGACGGAAUUGUACCUUGACCCCUCUGGCCACCAACCAGCUCCAGAACCAGGAGAACCAAUGCUGCAAGGUUCGGGCCCUCUUCCAUGCCAGCCUUGACCGCCACAGCUCAGAAGAGGAGCUGGAGCGCAUCAACCGAGAGUUCGCCGCUGAGAAGCGGAAGUGGUCCCAGGUCAGCAGGCUUGCCUGCUGCAGUGACAGCAACUACACCUCCUCCAGUGACGAAGAAGUGAAGAACUUGUGUGCAAUGUCCUUCCGGCCUGUGGCAGAGCACGCUGAUGGCCUGCAUGCCAGCCCAAGCCCUGUGCUGUUCAGUGCCUCCCCUCCCAAGAGACUCCAGCCCCUAGUGCGGAGCCCAGCCUCCAGACCUUUAAUCUUAAAAAGUGUUGGGGCGGGCCUUGAGCAAGUCAUGCCUUGUAAGAGACAUCGACAAGGAUAUGGGGAUAAGGUCAGCAGGCCCAGCCUUGACCUGGAAAAAAUGCAGCAGAAGAUGCUGCUCAAGAGGAAUUGUGGAGUGAAGACUAGAGUUAUUAAAAUUCGUAGCAUCAAUGGAGGCCGCCCACCGCCCCACUUUGUGUAUGAUCCAUCCACCUUUGCCUUCCGUUCCCUCAGCACCUUGAAGCCACUGAGCCCGAUAGCUCCAGUGGAAGAACCGUCAUGUGCCUACUGAAGGAGUUUCUCCAAAAACCUCAGGAACUAUCAACCAACCACCUGCCUGGCAGGGAGAAGGGGAGGUGGUGAUACCCAAGGGAAUGGGUGGGAGAAUGGGACAAUGACACAUCUUUGCAAUACAGCCUCUCUGGCAGCUGGAAGCAUAUUACUUUGCAGCAGUGCCCAUUUUCAUACCAUUGCCAUAUCUGAAUAGUGGCAAAGGGAGAAGUUUUUGUCUUUCAGGGCAGAACAAACCAGUCAGGUCCACAAACUGCAAGGGCAGCCACCAAGGCAGUGUCAAACACAAGUAUGGUGGUAGUUGAAGAUAUCCCUGAGGGGUUCAGGGGCUGGUAUGGCCUACAUGGCAGCAGGGAUAAGUGAUCAGGAUGUGAACCAAGUCCAGUCACUUUUCCAAGAGUACCUAGGUCUACAGUGCUUUGCUAUAGACCCAACCCUUCUCCUACUCAGAACUGAGUUCAGGAUUGGAGACAGGGACUAUACAGGGCUGGCUGCAAAGCAAGAAGAUCCCUCUCUGAGAUUGUUGUAAUUGCAUUCACUUCAGUUUCUCUUGUGUGGAAGACCCUAGGAGAGGAGGGUGGGAGGGGGUAACUGGCACAUCUAGAUUUGUGUUCCAGCUGGUCUGCUGGCAACUCAGUGAUAUCAUCUAAAAUGGGAUUGAAAUGGGAGGCAUCAGCCUCCCACGUGUAGACUGGUGGUUAGAAUAAAAAUCUAGAAUGGGAUGUCUGUCUUGAGCCAUCCAAGAAAGCACAGAGCUCACCCUCAGUUCUCUCAGCAUCAUCAGAGAAGUACCUGAGGGUGACUGUGCUCUUGGGUCUCCUCUCUGCUGAGGCUGUGUUCUAGGAUAUGCAACACUUCUCCAUAGUGUUGUCCCCAAAACCUGCUGCCCUAACAUGAUGCUGAAGGUAACUGGUAUCGCCAAACUCUGUCAAAUCUGUCUCCAGCAAACUUUCCACUCUCCUGUUAUGCUGGCUGUUAAAUUCAAGUGGUCUCUUCUUGUACCAGUGGAACAAUAUUCCCAGAUGUAGCAUGGAGUAUGAGAGGUCUCUGAGUUUUGGCCACCUGUUGGUGGAAGAAACAGGAGGGGAGUUUGGGUAAAACUGUGGGACAUUUCUCCACAAAUAGUCCUAAGACAGUUAUGACCAUGCUAAACCUUGCGACCACUGAAGUUUGACUGGGACCUGGCCUUAAAGCAUGUGUGUGUUUUGUGUCACAAGGCAACAGCUAAUAGAACAAGCUCUCACCUCUUGGUGAGGCAGAGGAACAAGGCAUUUCCCCUUGCUGCACCUGCUGGAGAGAGUAACCUCUUUGUCUAGGUGUUCCCCACCUUGAGCCUGUAUUUGACUAAGUGCAAGGUGGAGUGAGUAGUUUACUUCUUGUCUGGAUCAAGAGGAGCAACUGUGAGUAAUAUAAAAUAAUUCUUGUUUUUAAAUCUGUUCCAGUGUGGAGGUCUUUGAUGCCACUCUUUGGAUAAGACCAAUGGUCAGUCCAGCUGCCAGGGGGAGGCCUCACAGUGAACGAGCUUUCACUGGUGCUUUCCAAGCCCUUCACUGAGACCCUUGGAUGAAAGCCCAGAGGCUGUGUAGGUCUGGGGACCUCAAUCCCCCACCCCUACUCUCCUCCCUCCCCAACCACCUCUCACUCAGGCAGGCAGAGCAGCUGGGCAAGGCGGUGAGGGGACAUCUGUCCUGAUGCUGCCCCAGCUCUGCCUGCUCUUUGGCUCCAGACCAUCACAGCAGGGCCACGGCUUGCACCUGCGUCACCUCCAAGGGGUCACUUGUAUUUUCUGGUGAGGUACCUCUGGCAGAGCAUUGUGUUUCCCUGCAAGAAGUCCCUUCGUCCAACAGAGGCUGAUUUCCUCCUGCCCCUGUAGGGACUCUACUUACCUUGUUUUGAUGGCACACCUCAGCUUUUUAACUGCUGCCAGAUCAAGCUGACCAGUGCAGGACAGGAACCAUUGCCCCUUUGGACCAAAUCCCUGUGCUCAGGAGAAGGGACAGCCAUAGCCUGGUACCUGUCUGAAGGAGGCAUAUUCCCCAUUCAGGUGGCUGGGGCAGCAGCCCCCACAUGGUCCUGUGCCCCCAGGCUUUGCUCAGUGAGAGCUGCCAAGGUGCUUAGCCCCAGAGACACAUUGCUGCCAGCCCACGGGUGCAGCAGGCUGCCUUUCCCCCGGGUGGCAGUGGGGAACGGGAAUGUCCUGCCGGUAUUGUUGCCUUUUAGUACUUUUGUAACUUUUCUGUCUUUUUUUUUUCCAUCAGAAGGAAGAAUU